GUCAGAGCUGGGAAGGGAACUUAUCCUGGAGAGAUCUAGACUUGUAUUUUCUUCAAAAGGCACCAGAUGAAUCCCACAUAGGGAUAAAUGGAAGCAUAACCACAGACUAAAGACAAGAACCAACCUUUCUCAGUGCAAUGGAGAAGCCUUAUGGUCAAGAGGUCAAGUUCAUGCUGGAUAUGAGCGCUGCCCAUCCUGCACCCAACACCCUGACCAGAGGACAAUGGUCAAGCAAAGUUGAGUUCCUCUUGGCGGUUGCAGGACAAAUCAUAGGCCUAGGAAAUGUGUGGAGGUUUCCUUAUCUGUGCUACAAAAACGGAGGAGGGGUGUUCUUCAUUCCUUAUGUCCUCUUCCUCUUUACCUGCGGCAUCCCCCUGUUUCUCUUGGAGACAUCACUCGGCCAGUACACCCAACAGGGAAGUAUUACCUGCUGGAGGAAAAUUUGUCCCCUUUUUGAAGGGAUGGGUUUUGGCAGUCUGGUGGUAGUUUUAUACUCCAGCAUCUAUUACAUCGUCAUAUUGGCCUGGGCUUUCCUGUAUCUCUUCUGCUCUUUCAACACUGAACUUCCCUGGGCGAGUUGCAGAAACAACUGGAACACAGAGACCUGUGUGGAGUUUAAUGGAGGUGAUGGUUCUUUGAACUGGACUGCUGCUCAAAAUUCAACGUCACCAGUGAGGGAAUUUUGGGAGAGAAGAGUUCUGAAUCUCACAGGAAGUGUCCAUGAAUUAGGCAGCAUUCGAUGGGAGCUGGCUCUCUGUCUUCUGCUGUCCUGGAUCGUCUGUUACUUUUGUGUCUGGAAAGGAGUAAAGUCCACUGGGAAGGUAGUUUACUUUACCGCCACAUUUCCAUAUCUGAUGCUGGCGGUACUGCUUGUUCGUGGGGUCACCUUGCCAGGGGCCAUAGAUGGGAUCAAGUUCUACCUCUACCCAGAUCCAUCCCGCCUGUCUGAUCCACAGGUGUGGAUGGACGCUGGCACACAAAUAUUUUAUUCCUAUGCUAUUUGCAUUGGGUGUCUAACUGCACUUGGCAGUUAUAACAAGUACAACAACAACUGUUACAAGGACUGUGUGUACUUGUGCCUCCUGAACAGUGGAACCAGUUUUGUUGCAGGCUUUGCCAUUUUCUCUGCACUUGGAUUUAUGGCUUAUGAGCAGAACACAGACAUAUCAAAAGUGGCAGAGUCAGGUCCCGGCUUGGCAUUCAUUGCCUAUCCUCGAGCAGUCGCCAUGAUGCCUUUUCCUCAGGUCUGGGCGAUAUUCUUUUUCGUUAUGAUCAUCCUUCUGGGACUGGACAGUGAGUUUGUAGGUCUGGAAGCCAUCGUAACAUCAAUUUCAGACACGAAUCCUUCCUUCUUCCACGUUGGCCAUCGACGUAAACUUCUUCUCCUUGCUAUCAGUGUUUUCAGUUUCUUUAUUGGACUUGUGAUGGUUACAGAUGGUGGAUUGUACAUCUUCCAGUUGUUUGACUACUAUGCCUGCAGUGGGAUGACUCUGCUUCUCUUUGCCAUACUGCAAGCUGUUUGUAUUGGAUGGAUAUACGGUGCAGACCGGUUUUAUGAUAACAUAGAGGACAUGAUUGGAUACAAGCCUUUAUCCCUGAUUAAGUAUUGUUUGAAAUACAUCACUCCAGUGAUAUGCAUGGGAACAUUUGUUUUCUCCUUGAUCAAAUACACUCCUCUGAAGUUCAACAACACAAUUGAGUACCCGUGGUGGGGUUAUGCGCUAGGCUGGUGGUUCACUCUCUCCUCUACGCUCAUGGUUCCUCUAGUUAUGGUGUACAAAGUGAGCACCACUCCCGGUACACUGCGACAGAGGAUCUCCAUCUUAUGCACUCCAGCUGAAGACCUUUCUUUGAACAAAUCAGACAAAAAAGGACUUGAACUGCUCGACUUGACCUCAUCUCCUGACAGCAUGGUGUCCUAGUGUUCACAACAAACUGCAGCAGCUUCACAUUUACUCAACAUGCCCUCAGUGCAGUCCUCCUACUCAUUUUGAGGAAAGGUUCCCAAUCUUUUUGACCUCCACAAUUCAAGGUCUUCAUUCCGCAAAGAAAUGCAGCAGUCUCAGUUGUCCCUUGAACACCUAGCAAUAGGGCUGCAACUAUUGAUUACUUUCAUUAUCAAUUGAUCCAUUGAUUUCUAAUCCAUGAUUUGAUCAUUUAUUAUUUUCAAAUGUCAGAAAAUAGUGACAAAUGCACAUCAGAAUUUCCCUGAGCCAUGAGUUCAGAUGUUCUUAAGACAUUAAAUUAACUUGAAUAUAAAUGUAUAAAUAACAGCGAUUAGUCUUGUUUUGAUCAAUUGAAUCAACUCUUAGUUGUUUCAGCUCUAAUAGCAAGUGAACCUUAAAACGUAUUGGUCAUGGAUGAACAGCCAUGCUCAAAUUUAUAUAGAUAUUUUAAAUAGUUAUUUUUGUAAAGAAAAUGUUGCUAAUUUUGUUUUGUUUAACCAGGUUGUAUAACUAUCUGGAGAAAAGUAACACUGCCACAUUUGCCAAAUGAGCCAUACAGAUUGAACCCUUGAGUCACUUUUAGGUCACUGUGAGUGAAGGAAAUUUAAUUUCAAAUUGUCAAUGUAACAGCGACAUGAAAGAGGAAAGGUUAUCCAGCAGUAAGGGUGUGAUUCACAUCUUGGAAACUGCCUUCACGUAAACUGUCUGAGUCACCAGGCAGACUCAACACUAUUUCUAAUCUGUGCCAAGUACUGUUAAAAACUAAAAACGACUUAAAAUGUGCAUACUGCUCAAACAGAUAGGAUACAGCUCAGCAUUUACAAGUUUAUGUUUGAUGUUAAAAUGAAACACCAGCGAUUUGAAUUGUGGUGAUGGAAGCAUCAAAUAAAAAACAGAAACACCGAGCAAACCUGUAAAUUGUAAGAGUCAGAAUCACAAAGGGUAUAUUUUUAAAAGAGAUUUGUAGAUUAUAUUUUUUACCGUAUUCUCAACGCUAAACUUGGUUAUUUAUAGUUUUUAUACAAAACGUGCACGUUGAUAUUCAUGUCAUUUUGUAUCGUUUUUGGCAGUAGUCCUUUAUGUAACACGUAAAUGCUGUAAUACGACAUUUUUCACAUUUGAGGAUCAAUCGAUUUGUUUGUUUUUUCAAGAAAUUGUUUUCAAAAGAUAUCUAUGGCACAAGUUCAAUGAUUCCAACCCUUCGUAAAAAGCAAACGUAAUCAAAAUAAGUUUCCCGGGAAGAGUAUUUCACAAUGCGCUGAUGAAUUCAUGUUCAAAUUGAGAAUGUCCCAUUUAACAUUACCUAUUGUAAUCUAUGAAUACAUUAUGAUCGACCAGUUCGCUUAUAUUUUGUCAAUGAAAACGUUUAUGUGAUUGAAAGAAUCAUAAGACUGGUAUAUAACAAGCUAAAAUUCAUGGUUGGAAUCUUAUUAAACAAUGUGCCAUUUUUAAAUAUUAUACGUGAAUGAGGCCCUCUGGUAUUCAUAUGAUAAGGUAUUGAUAGGGCUCAGUAAGCAGGUGGCUCAUGAUUAUUGAUUAUUUCCUUGUUUUAAUCUCAUUAUAUGGUCAAACUGACUGACAAUUUGAAUGGUGAGUAAAACUCAGAACGUAGAUCAGAUUUAAUAAAAUAAAGGGUAUCUUAAUCCAAGUUAAACUAUCAUUUACAAACAUUCAGUAAUUAUCAGUUACCAGUUUGUUGUUUCCUAAUAAUAGUUUUACCUUUCUUAAGCAAUGAAAACCAUGAAAAUAAACAAUUUGUAAAUAAAGUUGUAAAUAAAAUGUUAACAAUUCAUAUUAAUUGAAAUAAGUCACAAUAAUUCAUAAAUGAUUUGAUUUGUGAGUACACUACGCAGAAAAAGGUUAUUUUCUGGGUGGUGCAGUUUUUGUAGCCCAAUAAAGGAAUCA